GUCGAUGGAUGUCUUUUUGUUAUUUCUCAAUAGAUAAUGGUGGGCAGUCAGUAGUCACCACCAAACGUGCUGGUGUCGCUCCAAAAGCAACUACUGAUUCCAUCCCCUCUACCGGCCAAUCCCGAUGGAGACCACGCCGCAGUCGCGCGCCGACGAAAAGCCGUUGGUGUUCCUGGCGCAGCCGCUCUUCCCGGAGUUCGCGGCCGCGCUCGCCGGCCGCUACCGGUUCGUCCUCGCCGCGGACGCCGACUCGGCGACUUCUGCAGAGGCGAGGGUGCUGCUCGUGCCGGGGCUCGCGCCGGUCACGGCCCAGCACCUGGCGAGGCUCCCUGCGCUGCAGCUCGUGGCGGGCACCUCCGUGGGAGUUGACCAUGUGGAUCUCGAUACUUGCCGAAGCCGCGGGCUCAGCGUGACCAACGCCGGGCCAGCGUUCGCCGUCGACUCGGCCGACUACGCCGUCGGUCUCGUCGUGGCCGUGCUCCGACGGGUGGCCGCCGCCGACGCGUACGUCAGGAGGGGCAGGUGGGCGGCCGACGGCGACUACCCUCUCGCCACCAAGGUGAGCGGCAAGCGGGUGGGGAUCGUGGGGCUGGGCAACAUCGGCUCCCGGGUAGCGCGUCGCCUAGCCGCCUUCGGCUGCGCCGUCUCCUACCAUUCGAGGUCGCCCAAGCCUUCAUCGCCGUACACGUUUGUCCCGACUCUGCUCGACCUCGCCGUCGGCAGUGAUGUGUUGGUGCUCUCCUGUGCGCUGACGGACGAGACGAAAUACAUGGUGAACCGGGAGGUGAUGGAGGCACUGGGUAAGGACGGCGUGCUGAUUAACGUCGGGCGGGGUGGCCUGGUAGACGAGCCGGAGCUGGUGAGUUGCCUGCGGGACGGCGCCCUCGGAGGCGCUGGGCUAGACGUGUACGCGAACGAACCGGCCGUGCCGCCGGAGCUCUUCGGCAUGGACAACGUCGUGUUGUCCGACCACCGGGCCGUGAUCACGCCGGAGUCCAUGCGCGGCGUGCUCGAGGUCAUCACCGCCAACCUCGACACCUUCUUCUCAGGGAGGCCGCUCGUAAUCUACCGAUCUACGGCUAUGCUCCGUUUAUGAUCGUCACUUCAACGAUUGGAGGACCGCGACUUCUUUAUGGAGGUGUCUACAAGAUUGGAGAAUUCGGACAAGGAGUUUAUUAUCCAACAUGGGUGGCUGCAUAGUCUGAGGAUUGCGGCUCCUUCACCAUGAUUUCCUCGUCUUUGUAUGAGAGCUUUACUUACAGUUGAACCUUUUAUGUUUGGUUGUACCCGCGAACGGCUGUGUGCAUCCUAACUAUGCAGAGGCCGGAUGUAUUACGUCAAACUCUGAAGUAAUAAAGCACCCUUUUUUCGAA